AUGACUACGCAAAUUCCACCAAAUCAAAUGGGGACUGAUGUCCGCAAUCGUCUCAUCAACAGCCUUCAAAACCCGAGCGGCUGUCCUUGCGGUUGGUAUGUCUACUACUCGGCUGUAUGUACGCAUGCGUACCAGGAAGUGAAGUACGAGUGCGGCAAUAAAACUACACCGUCUGGUCGAAGUGGCUUCUGCAAAACCCCGGCACCGAAGAAUAUUGUCCAAGGUGUGCAGAUCAACGUCAAGUGUCAGUAUUGUUGA